AUGCGGCCCGCCCGGACUACGCUCUGGCUGCGCCUGGCCUUGGCCCUGGGCCUGGCCCUCGUCGACCCCCUGGCUGUGGGGUGGGCCUCGGCCCGGGCCCCGAUCUAUGUCAGCAGCUGGGCCGUACGGGUGUCCCAGGGAAACCGGGAGGUCGAACGCCUAGCGCGCAAGUUCGGCUUCAUCAACCUGGGGCAGAUCUUCGCUGACGGACAGUACUUCCACCUGCGGCACCGCGGCGUGGCCCAGCGGUCCCUGAGCCCGCACUGGGGUCACUGCCUGCGCCUCAAGAAAGAUCCCAAGGUGCAGUGGUUCGAGCAGCAGACGCUGCGACGGCGGGUGAAGCGCUCCCUGGCAGUGCCCACGGACCCCUGGUUCCCCAAGCAGUGGUACAUGAACAACGAGGUGCAGCCCGACCUGAACAUCCUGCAGGUGUGGGGCCAGGGGCUGUCGGGCCAGGGUGUCGUGGUCUCUGUUCUCGACGACGGAAUCGAGAAGGACCACCCGGACCUCUGGGCCAACUACGACCCUUUGGCCAGCUACGACUUUAAUGACUAUGACCCAGACCCCCAGCCUCGGUAUACAUCCAGCGAUGAGAACCGACACGGGACCCGAUGUGCUGGGGAGGUGGCCGCUAUCGCCAACAACGGGUUCUGCGGUGCUGGCGUCGCCUACAACGCCCGAAUUGGAGGCGUGCGCAUGCUGGACGGCACCAUCACAGACAUCAUCGAGGCCCAGUCUCUGAGCCUGCAGCCGCAGCACAUCCACAUCUACAGUGCCAGCUGGGGCCCCGAGGACGACGGCCGCACGGUGGACGGGCCCGGCAUCCUCACCCGGGAGGCCUUCCAGCGCGGUGUGACCAAGGGCCGCGGCGGGCUGGGCACCCUGUUCGUCUGGGCGUCGGGCAACGGCGGGCUGUACUAUGACAACUGCAACUGUGACGGCUACACCAACAGCAUCCACACGCUGUCGGUGGGCAGCGCCACCCAGCAGGGCCGCGUCCCCUGGUACAGCGAGGCCUGCGCCUCCACACUCACCACCACCUACAGCAGCGGUGUCGUCACAGACCCCCAGAUCGUGAGUGCCCCCCGCCCCGUGCCUCCUGAACCACCCUCUGACGUGCGGCCACCUCCGUCGGCCUCCGGUCCUCCACUCCCUCCCCGUUCCCGUUCCCUUCCCUCCUGACCCCCCCUCCAUUGUCCCCUUCACCUCUGCUCCUGUCCCCUCACCUCUGCUCCUGUCCCUCCAUCUCUGCUCCUGUCCCCACCACCUCCACUCCUGUCCCCCAUCUCUGUUCCUGUCUCCCCACAUCUGCUCCUGUUCCCUGACCUCUCCCUAGCCCUCGCCUCUCCCCGCGUCCCACCAGGCCCUUACGCGCCCCCCUCCCCCGCUGGCAGCAACAUCCUGCCGCCGAUGCACGUGCAGAAGAACGUGUCAGCCUGCGCAGGCCUCCCCAACCGCAUCCGCUCGCUGGAGCACGUGCAGGCGCGGCUGUCGCUGUCCUACAGCCGCCGCGGGGACCUGGAGAUCGCGCUCACCAGCCCCAUGGGCACACGCUCCACGCUCGUGGCCGUCAGGCCCUUUGACGUCAGCGGCCAAGGCUACAAGAACUGGAUCUUCAUGUCCACCCACUUCUGGGAUGAGGACCCUCAGGGCGUGUGGACCCUGAUCCUGGAGAACAAGGGCUAUUAUUUCAACACGGGGACGCUGUACCGCUACACGCUGCUGCUCUACGGGACGGCCGAGGACAUGACGGCGCGGCCCACGGGCUCCCAGGUGACCAGCAGCGCGUGUGUGCGGCGGGACACAGAGGGGCUGUGCCAGGAAUGUCACAGCACCACCUACAUCUUGGGCCACCUUUGCCUCUCCUACUGCCCACCGCGGUACUUCAACCACACCCAGCAGGCAGUGACCCCGGGGCCCAGGCGUCCGGCUGCGCCUCCCCUGCGGGUCUGUGCCAGUUGCCACCCCUCCUGCUAUACCUGCCGUGGCAGCUCCCCCUUCAACUGCACCGCCUGCCCUCCCCCGUACACCCUGGAUGAGCGCCAGGGCUCCUGCACGGGGCCUGCCACCCCCACCAGCCAGCCACUGCCCACCGCCACCGCUCGGCCCCGUCGCCACAGAGUCCCAGCCCAGGCCAUGCUGCUGGCCCUGCUGGCUGUGGCCUUCGGGAGCCGCAUCCUCAGCGUCGUCCUCCCCGUGGGCCGCCCACCGCAGUGUGUGGGCCUGGGUUCCCCCCAACCCAAAGGGCCACCCCCAUCACCACCCCAGGCCCGGCUACUACCGUCUGGAACCCAGCGAUCUAACACCGAGCCUCGGAAACGUGGUUACCCAGCUGAGGGAGGGGCGACUGGAACUCACGCUCACCCCUUGCGCUUCCCAGCCCGGCUCUCCGCAGAGGCUGAGCUGGGCAGCAGGAGGCUCGAGUCGCUUCCUGGCGCGAGCGGACUCUUUAAAAGGGGGCGGAGCCUAUCGGUGGGGGGCGGGCGAAAGAAGGCCGGAAGCGCGUUCUCGAGCCUCGAGGGGCGGGACGACGCCGACCGGAAGCGGAAGUGA